GAGAGGCACAAAGAAAAAAAAAGAAAGGCAGCGCCUGUGUCUCCAAGGAGUAGGCGCUGGCCCCAUAUGCUGCAGGUUGUGGGUUCAAGCCCAGCCUCGACCAAAAACUGAAAAAAAAAAAAAAGAGAGAGAGAGAGAAGCACAAUGUAAGCUAAGGAAGCUGUUUAAUCCUGGCUGUGCUAUUAAUUUGCUGUGAGAUUUUGAUAGGCAAAUGUAUCAGUUAGGAUCCUAACAGGAAAAAAACACAAAAAAUGAAAGCAAGUUUGGAGGGGACUCUUGAUAGGAGAGCGGGCACGAUCGGAGAAACCAACAAAUAAUGACAAGGCACCCAGGGAAAGGGGGAGACUGCCUCUAGUCUGAAGGGGCAGGGAGGGGACCAGAGCCCAGGGGACGGGGCCCGGCAGGGGGAGGUACAGUAGGGCUGGAGCCCAAGCGUUUGAGGUUGCUGUGAGCUAUGACAGCAUGGCCCUCUAUCCACAUCAACAGAGUGAGUGAGUCUCUGUCUCAAAAAAAAAAAAGAGAGAGAGAAAAGGGAGGGAGGGAGAAAAGGAGGUAGGAAGGGAGGGAAGGAAGGAAGAAAGAAAGGAAAGAAAAGCCAACAGUAGUAAUGUUUCUACAAGGACAAAGGGUUUGGGGAAUGUGGUUUGGUGGCUAGAGACAGAAACAGGAAGCAGAGGAAUUGUUAGAUCAGAGAUCGGGUAUGUUGAGAAUUUUAGUAGAUAUUGCUAAACUACUUUCUACGGAGAUAAUACCCACCUGUCAUCCCCCAGUGAUGUCAGAGAUUCUAUUUCUCAACCCACAUUGACCAACAUAGUCUGGCAACCAUUUGGAUCUGUCGAUCUGAUAGGGCAUCUUGGUGAAAUCAUACUUUACAUUCUAUAGUCAUAACUGACGUUGAGUAUCAUUCCACCUGUUGUGAAGAGUUGCCUGAAUUUCUUUUUCUGGGAAUCAGAGAGCAUCCUUCAGCUGGAACAGACCUUAGACAUGAAGUCCAAACAUUCAGCCUACAGAUGAGGAAUCUGAUUGUGGUUGUUUGGACACUCCAGGACUAACAGAGAACCAAACGUCAGGCCUCUUGUUUAUCACAGAUACUCUCUGGCCACUGCAGGAAGAGACCAAGAUGAAUGCAGAGCCUGAGAGGAAGUUUGGCGUCGUAGUCGUUGGUGUUGGCAGAGCUGGAUCCGUGCGAAUGAGGGACUUGCAGAAUCCACACCCUUCCUCGGCGUUCCUGAACCUGAUUGGCUUCGUGUCCAGACGAGAGCUUGGGAGCAUUGAUGGAAUCCAGCAGAUUUCUUUGGAAGAUGCUCUUUCCAGCCAAGAGGUUGAGGUCGCCUAUAUCUGCAGUGAAAGUUCCAGCCACGAGGACUACAUCAGGCAGUUCCUUAAUGCCGGCAAGCAUGUCCUUGUGGAAUACCCCAUGACACUGUCCUCAGCAGCAGCUCGAGAGCUGUGGGAGCUAGCUGAGCAGAAAGGAAAAGUCUUGCAUGAGGAACAUGUUGAACUCCUGAUGGAGGAAUUUGCAUUCCUGAAAAAAGAAGUGGUGGGAAAAGACCUACUGAAAGGGUCACUUCUCUUCACAGCUGGCCCAUUGGAAGAAGAGCGGUUCGGCUUCCCCGCAUUCAGUGGCAUCUCUCGCCUGACCUGGCUGGUCUCCCUCUUUGGGGAACUUUCUCUUGUGUCUGCUGCUUUGGAACAGCGAAAGGAAGAUCAGUAUAUGAAGAUGACCGCGUGCCUGGAGACAGAGGACAAACGUCCACUGACAUGGAUUGAAGAGAAAGGUCCCGGGUUAAAACGAAACAGAUAUUUAAGCUUCCAUUUCAAAUCCGGGGCCCUGGAGAAUGUGCCAAAUGUCGGAGUCAAUAAGAACAUUUUCCUGAAAGAUCAAAAUAUAUUUGUGCAGAAACUCUUGGGCCAGUUCCCUGAGAAGGAACUGGCUGCUGAAAAGAAACGCAUCCUGCACUGCUUGGCGCUUGCGGAAGAAAUCCAGAAGUCUUGCUGUGGCGAGAAGUGAGAGAGGGAAGCAGCACGGCCCUCCACGGGAGACCAGAGUUUGGUUUUUACCAAGAGUUGCCCUCUAUCUCUGUUCUUACAAUUAAACAUGUUGGGGAAGCAAGA